AUGUUUCGAGUCGCUGCGCACUCGGUCCGUCUCGCCACCAAAGGGUGGCCGACGACGAGGCGACGGCUCGCAUCGACGACCUCGACGCAACUCCAACCCUCUAGAACGCCGGCAUGGGCCGCCGGUGUUCUCUUUGCGGGGGUAUCGGGCUAUUACUUUGGCAAGGGUGCCAAAAAGCAUGACGGCGGCAGUAUCGUCGGCCCCAUCGCCGCAACAGGAACCGACGGUAUGGUGCCUGGCAUGCCUCCGACCAUGUCCGAGGACGAUAUCCCUGCCGAGUCGCCGGUCAAGGUCCUCGACCUCAAAGAGUCAAACGAGAAGAUCAGACACCAAUCGCACAGCUUUGUCUUUGACAGCCAGGAUGGGAACACGGGGCGAGCGGACGUCGUCCGUGUAUCGAGCAACCAUCCGGUCGAGGAUGAGUGGGCUUUGGCCGUCGCCGAGGGGCUUGGGGGCGGCAAGGCUCUGUACGCAGGCGUCUACGAUGGCCAUGCCGGGUGGGCCACCUCGGCCAUACUCAAGGAAUCUCUUAUCCCCUUCGUCUCUACCGCUCUCCGUAAGCUCUCCUCGGCCGACGGCGACAGCCUCGUCGAUGGGGCCAUCAAGAAAGCUUUUGUUUCUCUUGACGACCGUAUUAUGCGCAGGGCCAGAAGCGCGUUGGACGGCAGCCAAGACGAUGGCUCCGCAGAAGCUGUACGCGCACUCGCCCCUGCCAUCGCUGGCUCUUGCGCCUUGUUGUCCAUAUACGAUCCCAUCUCUUCGACCCUUCGCACGGCGGUCACGGGAGAUUCGCGCGCCGUCCUGGGCUCGUGGUCCUCCGAGUCCGCUCGCUUCUCCGCUCACGCCCUGAGCGAGGACCAGACGGGCUUCAACAAGGACGAGUGCGACAGGCUCGAGGCGGAGCACCCUGGCGAGACGGCUGACAUGAUCGACCCCAAAACGGGACGGCUCAUGGGCAUCGCCAUCACGAGAGCGUUUGGAGACCACCGCUGGAAGUGGCCCAACGACGUCGUGUCCGCUGCCCAGCUGCGCUUCUUCGCCUACGGACCCCGAGCCAAAUCCAAGUCACCGCCCUACAUGACGGCCCGACCCGAGGUGACGACGCGCAAAGUGGCGGCCGACGACUUUGUCAUCCUCGCCUCGGACGGGCUCUGGGACGUCAUCUCCAACGACGACGCCGUCGCCUGCAUCCAGCGCUGGCUCGCCGCCAAGAAAGCCGGCCGAGCCGAGACUGUCACUCCGGCACCCUCAAAGUUCGCCGUCGGCGAGGACGGCUACGCCAGCUGGAAGGCCACGCCGGAAAUGUUUGCUAUCGAGGACCUCGACAGCGCCGCCGUCUGCCUGGUCAAGAAUGCGCUCGGCGGUCGGAGGCGAGCCAUGUUCUGCGGCGCCAUGACGGCCUACGCGCCCGUGAGCAGGUAUGUGAGGGAUGAUAUGACCGUUCAGGUUAUCUUCUUCCGCGAUCCGUACAAGUCGUGA